AAAUAUUGCUAUCAGGUUGUAAAUCCCAGCUGGCCUGGUACAUUGUUUGCUGCAUCCAUCCGGGAUGCACUGUUUCAGUUUCAACGAUUCAAUAUUCUGGACAAAAACAGAUGAAUGUAACUAAGGCUGGGAAUGUCAAUACAAUCAAACUAGCAAGGACAAUGAUCACAAGUCAGUCAUAACGUAGCUAAUAGGCGAGCACAUCUAUUUAUGUAGCUCUGUUCUCAAGCUAAAAACACAGAGCCUAACCGUAGCUAGAUAGCUAGCUAGCUGCUAGGAGGAUGUCAUGUCAUGCCAUUGGAGGAGUGGCGAAGUUGGUGUCUCAGGUUUCCUCUAACUCUACCAUGUCCGAUGAGCUGGAACCCCUGUCCGUCCUCUAUCGUCUUACCCUGGUGUCCAUCUAUAGCCUGGUCCUGGUCAUUGGGGUCAUCGGGUUGGCCCUGAUGAUCCACUUCCUCCAAUCCAACAUGCGAUCAGUCAUCACCAUCGCUAUGCUCAACCUCACCCUGGCCCACUUCCUGUUCCUACUCACCGUACCCUUCAGGAUCUACUACUAUGCUGCUGGUUACUGGGGGUUGGGGAAGAUGCUGUGUAAGGUGGUCAGUGCCAUGAUCCACGUACACAUGUACAUGGCUUUUGUUUUCUACGUGGUUAUCCUCGUCAUACGACUGCUGGGGUUCCAUAGCAAGAAGGAUCGCUACGAGUUCUACAGGAAGUUGCAUGCUUUUGGCGCCAGCGUGGCAGUGUGGGUGGUGAUGUUUGCGGUCAUUCCCCCCAUCCUUUUUUUCAAAUACGGCACAGACUUCCAAGAUAACACCACCAACAACAAGACAAACAAAAUGUCCACCAAUGACUCCCACUGUUUCCAGUUCGGCAACCACCUGGAAGGACACAUUGGUGUCAGGGUGCUGAACUACAUCAUGAGCUCUGUGAUCAUCAUUGUGGCCUGUGUGCUGACAGCACUGCAGUGUCAUGUCAUGGUCCUUCUGAUCAGGAAGUAUGGGCGAGACUGCAUGUCUCACCAGGAGUUCUGGGCUCAGCUGAAGAGCCUGUGUUUUGCUUUGGUGCUGCUGGUGUGUUUUGUCCCCUAUCACGUGUUCAGGAUGUACUACCUGGGACACCUGUACCUGCAGAACACUAACGAGAUAUUCCUCAGUCUCACGGCCCUCAGCUGUUUCGACAUGCUUACCUUCCUACGGAGGGGACACUGCUAUAUGCGUAACAGAGCACGGACUGUGUGACCUCUUCUCACACAAACUCAGACCCAAAACUUGCUGUAAGAGUGUUUCCCUUUUAAACAGUACUUUAGCGCCAUCUGCUGCGUAUUCAUAUAGCUACACAAGAUAGUCUAUGUCUAUAGUAGACUUCACUAUAAUUUAUUUAUUAUCAUAUUGGAAUUUAAAAUAACUUGUGCCAAUGAUGUUUCUCUCUAUAUGUUGAUUUCAAUGUUUGCCAAAAGUAUUUGUAAGGGCGAGAUCUGGCUACAUAUGGUCUAAAUAUUGUAAUAAAUAAAUACAUUGCUAAAAUGUUA